GGAGCUGGGCAGAAGUGAAGGGGGCUUCUGAGGAGUCUGGAAGGGGUGACAGGUUAAGAUUCUGAGAGGGAGGCACCAGAGGCUGGACUCGACCUAGGAAGAAUCUUCUGCUGACACUCAACUUUACCUGGAAAAAUGAAUCAUUCUCAUCAUCACAUGACAACUACAGCCUCACACUCCCAUGGUGGAGGAGACAGCAACAUGAUGAUAAUGAUGCCUAUGACCUUGUACUUUGGCUUUAAAAAUGUGGAACUAUUGUUUUCCGGUUUGGUGAUCAAUACAGCUGGAGAAAUGGCUGGAGCUUUUGUAGCAGUAUUUUUACUAGCAAUGUUCUAUGAAGGACUCAAGAUAGCCCGAGAGAGACUGCUGCAUAAGUCACAAGUAAGCAUUCGCUACAAUUCCAUGCCUGUCCCAGGACCAAAUGGAACCAUCCUUAAGGAGUCCCACAAAACUAUUGGGCAGCAGAUGCUGAGUUUUCCAUACCUCCUGCAAACCGUGCUGCAUAUCAUCCAAGUGGUCGUCAGCUACUUCCUCAUGCUCAUCUUCAUGACCUACAAUGGCUACCUCUGCAUUGCUGUAGCAGCAGGGGCUGGUACAGGAUACUUUCUCUUCAUCUGGAAGAAGGCAGUGGUAGGGGACAUCACAGAGCAUUGCCAUUAA